AUGCACGGCCUUUUCAACUCUCUCGCCGACAAGGCGCAGUCCGCGCUGAACUCAACUCCCCUGGGGCGACAAGGCACCUCCGAAGGUGGCGCCGCUGGCCAGUCGGGUUCAUCCUCGAACCCGCUCAAAUCGCACGCGUUUGAGAACAUCUCCCACUCUCUGCGUAGUAUUCAACAACAAUACUCGAGCUCCGUGACCCCCGUGCAGAAGAUCGUAACCGCGAGGAAGGGCGUCGCCCUCGAUCUCGAUAGCUUCAGUCGCGAUAAUCAUGCAUCGAGCAAGGAGACUUACAUGUGGGGUCAGCGCGAGCAUGAGGAUAUCAAAGAUGUGACCGACCGUCUGGCUUGGAUGACCUACAUCGAGGGGUCCCUCGCGUCCACGCUCGCAAAGGAGAUCGACGCAUCGCGCGGGCCAUGGAAGGCUCUGCAGGACGAUGAGCCGUUGGAGAAGGAGGUCGAGUUGCUGAAGCGGAAGGCAAUUAAGGAGAGCGAGCGGAUGAAGUGGCUCGCAAUUCGAGAGUUCUCCGAGAAGCUCACUCUGAUCUCGCAAGCUGCCCUCGCUGCGCUCCCCGCGCUGCCUGACGUCCCUUCAUCCAAGCUGCAGCCGUACACCGGUGCCACCCUCACCGCUUCCAUUCGGACCACGCUUCAGCAGUCGCUCGACCACUGGCAACCGGGUGACACCACCCUCCUCCUUCGCGAACCGACGGCGGCCGACCUGAGCAGGUCCGACACUCGAAGCUUCGGCGAGACACACGCUCGCGAGCUCGCUCGUAUCAACACCGCCGAUCCUCACGCCAAGUCUUCCAUUCCCGUGACCCCGCCCGCGACGCUCGACCACCUGCCCCAGGCCCCUCGCACAACUCCAACGGCCCGCCGCCCUCGGCUUCCCUGCACGCGUCGCCAUCGGUCGGGGCUGCCGUCGCCGCGCAUCAUUUCGCCCCCUGCCGUCGCCGCGCCAAACCCCGCCGAGCCCACGGCGACUGUGCCGAUCAUCACCCCGACGGUGGCUGAGACGGGGGUGCCCAAGUCGGCAGGACCGGAUGGUCCAGGGCCGGCGAGCGGGUCGUUGAAGGACCUCAAGAAGCCGUCGCUCGGCGCGACUGCGGCCGCGGUCGCGGGCCCGAGCAGCAGCAUCACCACCACCACCACCAGCGCGCCUAAGUUCGAGAGCGCGGAGGAGGAGAAAGCGCGUCUCGCGCGCGAGGACCGGGAUCGCGUGUUGGCGACGGGCGGAAGCGUGCCCGGGAUGGAGAGGAAGCAUGAGAGCGCGGAGGAGGAGAAGAAGCGACUGGAGCGCGAGGAGAGGGAGCGGGUCCUCGCUGCGGGCGGGUCAUCGAACGUCUACCCGGACGAGAAGAAGGAUCCGGAGGGGGACGGUGACUUGCCGCCGUACCAGGAGUUCUCUGGUGUGUGA